GGUGCGGCCAAUGGGGGGCUGGGGGGCGGGGCCAGCAGGGCCCGGCAUUUAGCUCAUGCGCGGAGACGAUCCCGCCCUUUCAGCCUGAGCGGCAGCAGCGUCUCUUUCCCGGCGGCUCCGGUGAGCGCGAACAUGGCGGACCAGGCCAUCUCCUUCCUCAAGGACUUUCUGGCGGGCGGCGUCGCCGCCGCCAUCAGCAAGACGGCGGUGGCUCCCAUCGAGCGAGUCAAACUCUUGCUGCAGGUACAACAUGCAAGUAAACAAAUUGCCGCCGAUAAGCAGUACAAGGGUAUCAUCGAUUGCGUAGUGCGUAUUCCAAAGGAACAAGGAGUGCUGUCUUUCUGGCGAGGAAAUUUGGCAAAUGUCAUCAGAUACUUCCCAACUCAAGCUCUCAACUUUGCCUUCAAGGAUAAGUAUAAGCAGGUGUUCUUGGGAGGUGUAGACAAGCACACUCAAUUCUGGAGGUAUUUUGCUGGUAACCUGGCUUCUGGUGGUGCUGCUGGAGCCACUUCCCUCUGCUUUGUCUACCCCUUGGAUUUUGCAAGAACCCGUUUGGCUGCUGAUGUUGGAAAAGCUGGUGCAGACAGAGAAUUCUCUGGUCUAGGGGACUGUCUAGUCAAAAUUACCAAGUCUGAUGGUCUGCGUGGCUUGUAUCAAGGGUUCAAUGUCUCUGUCCAAGGCAUCAUCAUCUAUAGAGCUGCCUACUUUGGGAUCUAUGAUACAGCAAAAGGCAUGCUCCCUGAUCCCAGAAAUACUCAUAUCGUUAUCAGUUGGAUGAUUGCCCAGACAGUGACUGCUGUGGCUGGUGUGGUCUCCUAUCCUUUUGAUACAGUGCGGCGUAGGAUGAUGAUGCAGUCAGGACGCAAAGGAGCUGAUAUCAUGUACUCUGGAACAAUUGACUGCUGGCGGAAGAUUGCAAGGGAUGAGGGAGGAAAGGCCUUCUUCAAGGGUGCAUGGUCCAAUGUUCUCAGAGGCAUGGGGGGUGCUUUUGUGCUUGUGCUGUACGAUGAAUUCAAGAAAGUCAUUUAAACAGCCUAACUAGAAUUGGAAAUCAAGUUGAGCAGAUCAUGUAGAAUAACUACCAUUAUGGACCAUUGACCUUCAAGAAAUUCCUGUGAGUCUUAUUUAUCGGAGCCAGAUGAUAUUUGUAGAUGGGGCUAGAAACUGAUACAGAGGACUGAUCCAUUUCUCAGUAACAUGCAUGAAGACACUGAAUCUGGCAGUUCAGUGUGGCGACUUUAUAUAUAUAUUUUUUUUUUCCAGCAACAAGGAAUCAGUGGCAUUGGUUCUGGGUCCAAUUUAGGCAGAAAAAAAAAUUGUUUGCCUGUGGAUCAGUCUCCAGUUUCAAGUCCUAUCUUCUAGGACCAUAAAAUUGUAUUUGAAAAUACUUGCUAACAAAUCAUGGUUUUUUUCCACUUGUACUGAAGCACUAUGUACCAUUUUGCACAGCUGAACAUCUAGCAAUUUUGUUCUUAAAUUGGGGCAUUCUGGUGUAGAACAAUAAACAUACUUACUCUA